UCUGUUUUGUCAGGGAUUGUAAUUGAUGGAAACGGCAUCAAGAUAUUUUAGUUUUUAAGUUACUUUUCAAAUCUCAACUUAGUUUCGACAAAUUGUCGUUGUUUUCCAACAAACACCCACACUCCCACACUCAAACGCAGUGAACAGAGGACGCCAAGACGUAUUUGAUGACGGAGCCCAUAAGCAACGCACCCAACGUCGUCGUCACUGGCACAAUUGUGGGACGCUAAAGCACGCCGAGCACUCUCUCACACUUUCUGUGGCGGAUGUCAAUAAGGCCAAACGGCGGCAGCCGCUCGCGCACAGCUCCAGCGGGCCAGCGCCAACAACAACAUCAGCAGCAGCAGCAGCAGCAACAACUACAGCAACAACAACAACAACAACCACAACUGUUGCCACCACAAAGUCCGCAGCAAUACGCUAGAUAUCAAGCGGAGCAAGAGGCAGAGCAGCUGCUAGCCACAUCGCAGUCCUAUUACAUUUUCGGAGAGCAACGUCACGGUUUUGAGCGUACGCUUGGUUCCCACAGUGGAGCCGGCGGCACGCGUUACCCUCAACCAAUGUACAGUAACGAUCCGCGCAUUGCCCUCUUUGGUGCCACAGCAAGCAGCAUCAACAGCAACAACAUCAACAACAACAACAAUCAGCAGCUAAACAAUCUAAAUAAUCCAGCUCAGCACCUACAGCAUUAUCAAGCUGCAAACACGCGCAUACUGGCCGGCGCGAAUAAUUCAAAUCAACAGCCACAGCAUCAUCAUCAUCCACAACAACAACAGCAUCAUCAUCAUCGCACGCGACAUCAUUACCGCAACGCCUUGGGUCAGCAACAAGCCCGCCAUGUUGUGCCGCUCAAUGUGGUGGCAGCAACGCAGCAGCAGCCACUGUUGCCACAAUUGCAACAGCCGCGCAACAUAACGCAGCGCAGCUUGCCCAGCGGCUCAGUCCAUGUCAAUGCUACCACCGGCAAUGUGCCGCCGCAUAGUGAGCACUCUGUUAAAGUGAGCGCCUGCUGCUCAGCGCAAAUGCGUGAGAUUGGUCGCAAGUAUCCGCUGUGGCUGCCGGAGUACAAGCGUCGUGCCUUCAAUGCUGUCAUGGAUGAGAAGUAUGUGGAGGACUCUUGGAACACCAUGAAGAACGCCAUACAGGAGAUCCUCAAGAAGAACAACUCGGGCCUCUCCUUUGAGCUGCUCUAUCGCAAUGGCUACAACAUGGUACUCCAUAAGCAUGGCAAUCGCUUGUACUAUGGCCUGCGUGAUGUUGUCUCCGAGCAUUUGGAGUACAAAGUGCGCGUCGAGGUGCUGGAGAGCCUGCACAGCAAUUUCUUGCCCAAGCUGAAUGAGGCAUGGACCGAUCAUCAGACCUGCAUGGUCAUGAUACGCGAUAUACUCAUGUACAUGGAUCGUGUUUAUGUGCAGCAGCGCGGUGUCGAUAACGUUUACAAUUUGGGCUUAAUAUUCUUCCGGGAUCAGGUUGUUCGCCACUCUGAAAUACAAAAGGCGCUGCGUGAGAAGCUGCUGGGCAUGGUCAUGGAGGAGCGACAUGGCGAGGCGAUUAAUCAUUUGGCCAUUAAGAACGCCUGCACCAUGCUCAUCACACUCGGCAUUGAUUCGCGCAUUGUCUAUGAGGAGGACUUUGAGAAGCCAUUCCUAGCACAGUCGGCAGCCUUUUACAAAUUCGAAUCGCAAAACUUUCUUGCGGAGAAUAACGCUGGCGUUUAUAUCAAGAAAGUGGAGGCACGCAUUACAGAGGAAUCAUCGCGUGCGGCGCUUUAUCUGGACAAGGAAACAGAGCCACGCAUCGUUCGCGUCGUUGAGGAGCUAGUACCCAUAACAUUUGUCCAAAAUCUGCUCGAUCUCAAGGAUCGCUUCGAUCAGUUUCUCUUGCACUCAUUCAGCAAUGAUCGGCUCUUCAAGAAUGUUAUCUCGGCGGACUUUGAGCACUUCCUCAAUUUAAAUAACAAAUCGCCCGAAUAUCUAUCGCUCUUCAUAGAUGAUAAGCUGUAUACUGCCACGCCCAAUUGUAACAUACCUUUAGCGCCGCGCGAAGCCUUUGAGGUGUUUAAGAAGUUCUAUUUGGAUAAGCACUCGGGUCGCCAACUAACGUUACAGCCACAAAUGGGCACCGCUUACAUAAAUGCCGUCUUCUAUGGCCGCAAAGCGAAUGACAGCGACAAGGACAAAGAUGGGCCAAGCUCAAGUUCCAGUGGCUGCGCAGUGCCCACAACAACACGCAAACAUAUACUCCAGGUGUCUACCUAUCAGAUGUGCGUGCUGUUGUUAUUCAACAAUAGGGAUGUGCUCACCUAUGAUGAUAUACAUCAGGAGACGGAUAUACCGGAGCGUGAGCUAGUGCGUGCACUGCAGUCCUUAUCCAUGGGCAAGCCAGCGCAGCGAUUGCUAGUGCGCAACUCUAAAACGAAAACAAAAGACAUUGAGCCCUCGGAUGAGUUUUAUGUGAACGAUGCGUUUGUCUCCAAGUUCCAUAGGGUGAAGAUACAAACGGUUGCCGCUAAGGGAGAAUCGGAGCCGGAGCGCAAGGAGACGCGCGGCAAAGUGGAUGAGGACCGCAAACAUGAAAUUGAAGCGGCCAUAGUGCGCAUUAUGAAAUCGCGCAAGCGCAUGGCGCAUAAUCUACUCGUCUCCGACGUAACGUCACAGUUAAAAUCACGUUUCUUGCCCUCGCCUGUGUUCAUUAAGAAGCGCAUUGAAGGACUUAUUGAGCGCGAGUAUCUGGCGCGAACGCCGGAGGAUCGCAAAGUGUACAUCUAUUUGGCCUAAAGCUCUCCAACACACACACACACACACACACACACAUCUGCAGCAGCAAACUCAUUUCCCAAUACAUUGGCAUCUACGCACACACUCGAGCCGAGCACACAUGCAUACACCCACACACGCAUAUAUAUACUCAUCCUGAAGACCCGAAGCAGCCUCCUCAAGCGCAACUCGUUAUUAAAAUCCGCAAAUACAAAUAUCCAGCAACAAUUCUGCCAUGCCAAACAUCCAGCCAACAUCCCCCAUAUCCACGAUGCAGCAAUCAUAUUUUUGACCAAGAUGUUAAAUAGAGUUUAUAUCAUUCAAUAGACAAGUGCGAAAUUUUGUAAGCCUGACACUCAAAAUUGAACAGUUAUUGCCACGAUUGGCGUAUCUAUCUUUAUUAUUAACCUUUUUUCCUUUCUCUCUCAUGCCAUUUGCUAUCCACAAUAUAUUAUUUCGACUAUCCUCUAAAUUCUGUGCUAUUUAAUUGUUUACACAGGCAGCAACAGCAGCAGCAACUAUUUUACCAACUAUUAUUUUUUUACACUCAUUUGAGCUUCAAACUGUAUAGCAUUAAGUUAUCCUCCUUCCCCCAACUAUUGAUGGAGUUGCAGUUAUAAGAAAUAAUGCAUUAUGCGAACAAUAAUUUUAAGCAGCAGUAUAAAUAUAGCUAAAUAAUAAAA